AUGUCCUGCACUGCUCUCAUCCUUUCGAAUCAGCGCCGACGACAGCAGGUCCUCCUGGCGCAAACGGGCGUACCGGGCACGAAACGAGGCACACACCAGGGAGCUACAGCAGCGGUUGCCCGGCUAGAGUCUGCUUUGGAACGGAUGUGCCAGGCAAUUAUCUCGUCCACCGAUGUUGUGAUUGGGGCUCGAAUCCCGACGUCGCAUCAGCAGAUUGCACACCGUCUUCGGGAUACAGUGAAGACAUGCCUCCUUUCGGCGAUGGAUGGGAACGGUUGCCAGGACGACUUUGCUUGCUCGAACCAGUCUGAGCAGUUGCCGAAGCAGUCGCAAGCGCAGGGCGAUCAUGAGAAGUGGCCCCGGCCGAGUCAGCAUGCCGGCCUAGGCGUGCUGCCCCCAGCACGCAACGCACCUUUCGCGCCCCAGUCCAUGCCACCUGCAGCCGAUGCGACAACAAUGAAGGCGGCGCUAUUUGCGAACCAGUUGAGAUUAUAUGCCCGGUUGAACAAUAAGCAGCCAGAUCGCUGCAGCGACAUUCCAUACUUCAGACUAGGCGGCGCAGGCACGCAUUACUCUGGGGUGUCCGGCCAGAACCAGACCGAGUUGGGUAAAGAGCAAAAUUCUCGUGAGAUUCGCAUUCCCGAUACCCUCUCAGCGUUUUCGCCGGAGGUCCAGAAAGACCUUGAUGGUGACUGGUUCGAUCUGUUCGAUCUGGUGGGCUAUGUGCGAACACAUGGGGUCGCUCUCUCAAUGGCGCCACCGGUCGAGGAUACCGCGUAUCGCAAGGUGAAUGCGGUCGAUUUCGCAGCAGGCAGGCUGACUUUCCGCGUCCUCUGUCAUGCGCGUGGCGGCUAUCUGACGAUUAUUAGCUCUGGUCGAAAGGGAAUCUGCCUAGGCCACAGCCCUGGGUUCAAGAGAAGCGAUGUCGAAAUUGCCAUCGACUCUUCAUGCUGGAAGUAA